CCAACCCCAAUCCACAUCGCUAGCAUUCAAGUUAUUUUGUGUGUCUAUUUGUGUCCUCAAGAUGAGGACCUUCAUCGCACCUAUCUUUGCCGGGUUAUCUUCACUCGCAAUCGCUACCCCUGACCCGUUGAUCACUCCAGCACCGGCAUUGGAGCUCCAUUUGCGCCAGCAAAGUGCGAUAGACCCUUCAUUACUAGGUUGGGUGAGCACAAGCGGCGCAUCGGCAUUCUCCGACCUCCGCUCUUGUGACUACCCCGCGACCCUCUCGUUCAGUGGAAGUUUCGCCCAGUGCUGCUCCAAGGACUCGCCAUGUAACUUCUUCUCGACAUGUUCUGACGGCAACCUCAUUGCCGAGUCGACCUCUGUCUUCUGUGACAACGGAUACUGCAAUACAGGUCUCAUUGUAGCCUCCGCGGGAUAUACGGGUGGAGCGCAAUAUCUGGGAUGCUGGGCCACGAGUUUGGGCAAGGAACCUUUUGCACUUGUGCAGACCGUGAAUUCCAGCGCUGUCGCAACUGGCAAGCCUACAAUCACGUCAGGGUCUGUAAGUGAAAGCGAGAGUGGAUCUGGUGCUUCGCGGACUACUGCGCCGACCGAUUCGUCGCCCAAUGGAAGCACCACUGGGGAGACGACAACCAAGCCGACUGGUGCUGGUGUUGGAAAGGACGUCCAAGUUAUCUGGGCGAUCGGUGGUGCGAUGGCAGGACUGACUGCCAUGUUUUAGUUGAUUCUUGCUUUAGCGCAAAAGCAAGCUAUCGAGGCUUGAGAGUACAUUUAGUUGACAUUGCUUGUGUAUACACUUCACGACACUCAGUCCUCGGUUAACUAAUUGGUUGGCUUCUGGCUGAUGAUUUUGUGCAGUGUCUACCAAGCCGUUAAUGACUAUUCGACGAGACAUGUACCAUCAUAGAUAUGCUCUCAACACUUGCAUUUCAUUUGGGAAAAUGCAGUUCCGCAGUUCAUUACUACAGAACUACCAUAUGUAUUUCUGAGAUACCUAUCAGCCCAUGGACGAGUUCCCAGCGAACACUCACAUCUUGCCUAGAAAUCAGCC